GACUAAAACAUGCAGAUAUACUUUUGAUUAGUCAAUCGUAGUAGUUAACAAUGAAAUCAAGUCUUAAGAUUAGAAAUCUUAUCUAUAUUUACAUUAAAGAAGCCCAAAAUGGCUGCUAGACAAAGUCAGGAAAAUGUAUUACAGUGAAUAUAAUUAUUUUCUCAAAUUCUUUGUGCAGAUUAAACCUGUAAUGGCACUGAACAGACGGAACACCUUCUGGUAUUUCCGUCUGUGCUGCUGCGUAAUCUCUUGUUAUGCAAAAACCGAUACUCUGAGCCAAGGCAAUCAGCUCAAAAAUGGCGAGUUUUUAGUAUCAGCGGGCAAAGUUUUUACAUUAGGCUUCUUCAACCCACAAGAAGAUGCUACAAUCGGGUACUUUAACCCAGAAACUGCACAAAACUACUAUAUCGGUAUCUGGUACACUUACGAUGAAGUCAAGAGACCAGUCUGGAUCGCAAACCGAAACAAACCCAUUUCCCCGAUUUCAGGAGCACUUGAAAUUAGUAGCAAUGGAAAUUUCAAGAUCACAGAGAAUGGUUUGACACAAAUAUUGUUGAAAUCUAAUCGAGGUUUUCGAACAGAAGCAAUUUUAACUGAUAAAGGAAAUCUUGUGUUACGUGAGCUGAAUUCAGAUGGCUCGACAGGGGAGAAAAUCUUGUGGCAGAGCUUUGAUCACCCAACAGAUAUACUUCUUCCAGGAAUGAAAUUAGGGUUUAACUAUAAGAAGCAAAAUUUGUCGUUGUGCUCGUGGGUAAGUGAUAAGUUUCCUGCAGAAGGAGCUUUCGUACUUGGGUUAGAUCCGAAUGGUACAAAACAGUUGAUUAUGUGGAGACGAGGGAUGAUUCAAUGGAAGAGUGGGAUUUGGCACGAUGGGAAAUUCCCGAACCUUAAAGACUACCUUUAUCGGUUCAAAUAUGUUUCAAAUAAGAACGAAAAAUACUUCACUUUUUCUGCACAGAACUGGUGGUUGACAAAUUUCCCAAUGUAUAAGAUAGAUUGGAAAGGCGAUAUAUAUCGUCAUAGAGAUACAUCAGACAGAUCAGAAAGCUCGAGAUACGAAAGAUCAAGGAGGUCUUAUCUAGAAGGUAUUCUUGAGUGCGACAAUGAUCGCGUUCCAGGGUGUGUGAAGCGGAAGCUGCCUAGAUGCAAGAGCAAGAUCUGGUUUGACCGUACCAGAGGUAACACGCUAUCUGAAGGUUUGAAGUAUACUAGUACGAAUUGGGUUUUAGGCGAGGCGGAUUGCGAAAUGAAGUGCUUGAGCCUUUGCUCGUGUGUUGCUUACGCUUCUAUUCACCCCAAUGGAACUGGUUGUGAGCUCUGGAUGAAUGGAACACAGUUGGUUGAAGAUGGAUACACAUACGGUUACAGAGAGUUCUACAUUCAAAGACAAACGUACAAACUAGAGAGAAGCAACAAGAGGAAGGUAUGGUUGUGGCUAAUGGUAGCAACAGGCAUCUUUCUGUUGACCUCAUCUAUAGCAUGGCUAGGAUAUCACAUGCAGACGGCACUACUUAAACUAGCACGGUUUUUCUUCCUGCUAGGCUAUUGUGUACAACAAAGCCUCAAAGCAUAUCUUAGACAGUUACAUAAUCGCCUUCAGAACAACCUCGAAAAAGCAGGAGCGAUUCAAAUAGACGAGAAGGUGUCUCUUACUGAGUUAGGUUCCAGUGCCGGACACUCCAGCAGAUAUCAAAGAAAAAGAAAACUAACCAUCGGCAAGAAGAACCAUGGAAUGCACGUUUUCAGCUUCGCAAGUAUGGUUCAAGCAACUAAUAACUUCUCUCCUUCAAAUAGAAUCGGACAAGGAGGAUAUGGCAUCGUUUACAAGGGAAUAUUAGUAGAUAAUCAAGAAAUAGCAAUAAAGAGACUUUCAAGGACAUCAAAGCAGGGUAAAAAUGAGUUCAUGAAUGAAGUUAAGCUUGUUCUGAAGUUACAACACUCUAAUCUUGUUAAGCUCCUUGGAUGCUGCAUUGAGCAAGGAGAAAAGAUUUUGGUGUAUGAAUAUAUGCAGAACAAAAGCUUGGAUUAUUUUCUUUUUGAUCCGAGCAGGAAAUUGCUUCUUAAUUGGAAACAACGUUUUAACAUUAUCGAGGGGGUAGCACAGGGAAUCCUCUACCUUCACAAAUAUUCGAGAGUGAAGAUAAUCCAUCGAGACUUGAAGACAGGAAACAUACUACUCGAUCGGGAAAUGUAUCCGAAAAUUUCAGAUUUCGGUAUGGCAAGACUCUUUCAGCAAAAUGAAUCGAGAGCAAAUACAAAGAGAGUUGUUGGAACACCUGGUUAUAUGUCUCCAGAAUAUGCACUAGAUGGAUAUUUUUCAGUUAAAUCUGAUGUUUUUAGCUUCGGGGUUUUACUGUUAGAGAUUAUCAGUAGCAAGAAGAACAACGAAUCGUACUCCUCAGACCGCACACUCAACCUUACAGGAUACGCAUGGGAAUUGUGGGCAGAAGACAGAGCUUCGGAGUUGAUUGACCAAACCGCGAUUAUGGGUAAAAGCGACCAUGAAGAAGCGAUGAAGUGCAUCAAUGUCGGUCUGUUAUGCGUGCAAGAGAAUCCAGACGACAGACCAACAAUGUCGACUGUCAUAAAUAUGAUUGCCGGUGACACUAAUCACCUUCCUAAACCAAAGAAACCAGCAUUCUUCCUAGGCAUGAGUUUACCAAAAGAACAGCACCCACAUUAUGAUGUAGAGCAAGGUUCGUUGAAUGAUGCAUCAAUUUCAGAGAUGGAAGCUCGUUAGAGCGUGCUUAAUGUUUUAGAAAUUUUGUUUUUCACGUUCUCUAAAAACAAUACUCAUUUUCCUUUUUUUUGUCGGUAUGUUUAGGUUGUGGUUGAAAACAUACAUUUUAUUUUAAAUUGUAAAUUUUAAUUAUGAAAUCAUAAAUGAAAAACUUGAGAAUAACAAGGUUUGAAAGUCA